AUGUCAACGAUAGAUUCUACUAUAGGAAGCAUGCUUUCAGAGUCUACACCUUCGAUGCAUGGGAUUGAGCCAUCUGCUCCCAAUGCCUACCAGAAGAUGAUGUCGGCUUGUGCUGGUGCAGUUUUGACAUCUCUUAUUGUAACUCCAUUCGAUGUAGUCAAGACUCGAAUGCAAGUGGGAUCCGAUGUGAUUGUUACAAAACCUUCACCUCCCGUUGCUCAAGAAGUGUGUUGUCGGUUUUACUAUAUGGAGAUGGAUAGCGGAGUGUGUAGGAUGUAUCCUGCUAUGGAAUGUCCGUCAGGUUUUGAUGCGAGGAUACCGGGUGUUGCUGCUCCACAACCGAGUAUCAAACCAGUGUCGACUCCGUUUACUGGCACGCUCGACGGUGUCGUCAAGAUUGUAAGACACGAAGGAAUACCUCAGCUGUGGAGAGGAUUAUCACCAACUCUGGUUAUGUCAGUCCCAUCUACUGUAAUUUACUAUGUCGGAUAUGAAAACGUCCGUGAUUACCUGAUACCUUCGUUUCGGAGACGCGGGAUGGAGGACUAUGCACCAUUGUUUGCUGGUGCUACUGCUAGAACUUUUGCUGCUACAAUCAUCUCACCACUGGAACUUGUACGAACGAGAAUGCAGUCUGGUGGAGCAGACAAGUCGAUAUCUAGAGUUGUCUUGGGUGUGGCUGAGAUGGUGAAACAGAAUGGGCCAAGUUCGUUAUGGAGAGGUUUAGCUCCUACUCUGUGGAGAGAUGUUCCCUUCUCUGCAACGUAUUGGGCUGGAUAUGAACUACUUAGGCAUCGAUUACCACGACCAAAUAUGUCGAAUGAGUUUGUACGAGAUUUUUGGAGUUCGUUUAUAGCUGGUGCUAUAUCUGGAACGGUCGCAGCUACUAUUACGACACCAUUCGAUGUCGCCAAAACGACACGACAAGUAUCGAGAGAUACUCAUGUUCGAGCAGACGGUAAAAUGCUGAACCUCAUAAGAUUUAUUGUGGAACGAGAUGGCUGGAAGGGGUUGUUUCGAGGAUUGUCACCUCGAAUCGCUAAAGUUGCUCCAGCUUGUGCCAUCAUGAUAUCCAGUUACGAGAUGGGAAAAGUGUUCUUCACGACUGGCUUCGCUAUGAAACAGGCGUCAUCACCAAUACGGUAUAAUGCUACGUGA